CACAAACUCACCGCCAGAUGCAUGGUUAGCAUGGGAUUGACGAUCACGCAUUGGAAUAAGGCGUCAACGGGCACAAACAAAUAGGGGUUGAGAAUCAUUAUAUGCUUUAUGAGGUGAUUGUGUACCAAAUUUAUCCGAUCUCGCGACAUAUACAACCUAGGGAACACAUAUCAUUGGGUCACUAGUCAUUUGUCUCAGGCCUCGCGUUUGAUCAGAGCACGUGCAGGUCGACAGUGGCCAAGUAUUCGCGCCCGUACCAACUUUACAUUCUUUUCGUCUCUUGUUUGUCUCUGAUGCCGUGAUUUAGUGCCUGGAGCAUGAUGUCGUCAGCCUUGGAAUCCUCGGCAGUAUCGAACGAUAUCGAGCCCACGGGCGAGGCCUUGAAAGGCCAGGAAGGUUCAAUUCCUCAAUUGGAUACUCUUAUCUCGCAUCUGGUGGCAGCGAAGCGAUCGCUAUCUUCUAUCAACCACGCUUGGCGAGCUAAUGAGAUAGUCACUGCCGCUCGCUCCGCACUGGAGGAAAGUGUCAUAGUCUCUGCACGCACGAGUUUUCUUCGACGCGGGCUCAAUAACCAGCUCCGGCUCCUUCGCAGCGUUCGCUCUGAGGUUGAGGAGAUAUCUCUCCGAGGUCGAUCGGAGUUCGCUGGCGUUCUGAAGGAUUUGGACGCAGCUGAUGCCCGUCUCAGAAAGACUCUGGGCCUCUUACAGGAGACGAUCGUUCAUUCUUCCUUUCGGCCGAGUGGAGAAGACCAAAAAAGCUUACAUGAUUUUGUCGACGAGCGUGGUGUUGACGAGCUGCAUGCGGCCCUGAGGGCCUCAAUCGACCGCACCAAUGCUGCUCAAGCAGAGUUGGAUUCUUCUAAUUAUGCCUUCGAUGAUGAGCUUCAGUCGAUCAAGCAAGCCCUGGGCAACUACCGGGAGGUUACGAAACUAGCCUCCUCGCGCUCCUCUUCGUCGUCGUCGCCAUCUGCAUCAAGCUCCAGCUUGCCUAGCCUGUCCUCCAUGCCAUCAAUGCUGCAUUCGCUGGAGAUGCAUGCGCAGGAAAUGGCCAACCUGCUAGAGUCAUUGGUCCGACACUUUGAUUUCUGCGUCACCGCUGUCAAGCACACAGAAGGUGGGGGUGCUGCAGCGCAAACCAUCACUGGUGACAUGCCGGCUGGGGUAAAUGUCAGUGGUGGAGGUGGCCCUAACAUCGAAGAAGAAAUUAAUGCUCAUUUGAAUGCCCCGCUCGAUCCAUUAAGUGAGUCGGGUUAUUUGGAGAUGGUCAAUGUACUCAUGAAGGAUGCUGCUGAAGCCGAGGAUGUUGUACUGGAAAUCCAAGAUCGCAUUGGGGAGAUGGAAUCUGUGCUGGAAAGUAUUAAUGGUCGUCGGGAUACCCUGCUUUCUGUCUACAAUGCCACCACGGACGUUUUUGGUCACAUUUCGUUGUUGGCUUCGGCUCGUCUACCGGGCUACAUUGCCCAGGCGCACAAUUUCACAUCUGUAUGGAAUGAGGAGCAUGACCGUAUCAAUGGCGGCCUUGCGGAUCUCUCUGACCUCAAUGCAUUGUACGACGGCUUCUUGGAAGCCUACGACAGUUUAAUCCUAGAAGUCUCGCGACGAAAACAUGUGAGGCAACGGGUGGAGAAAGUGCUGCGUGAUGCAAAGCACAAACUCGAUCAGCUCUAUGAGGAGGAUGUCAAUGCCCGCGAAGCAUUCCGAGUGGAGCAAGGCGACUACCUGCCAUCAGACAUUUGGCCUGGCAUCGGCCGCGAACCCAUGCGGAUUGAGUUCCGACGUAUUCUCGGUGGCAGCCUAAAGAAUGUGGACGGAGAGCCGUCGGAGGCGAACGAUAAUUCUUCCGUUCAGCCUAGCGGGGACCAGCGCCCAGCAACAGCCGAAGAAGAUACAGCUGAUGGUGAAGUCAUCCCCGAUUUACCCAAGUCACUUUUCGAACAAGCUCUCGCUCGCUUGGAGGCCAGGAGCAAGCAAGUCGCUUAGCCUACGAUAGCCCACUGUCAAGGCUCGCUUUUCUAGUCCAAAGGUCAAGUGUGUCGCUUUUCCACUGUAUGUUUCAAGCCAACCUACAUGAUGAACCCAGAAAUAGGCGGACCCCCGCCCUGAUGAACGAACCAUGUUUUGGCUAGGUGUCCAUGUAACAUGGU